GAGAGCUGUACCACUGGGGGGCGCUGCUGCAGCGCCGCGGACGCACCCGUCCGUUCAGCCCCGCCGCGUCCAUCGCAGCCGCAGGAGCGCCUCUGCUGCGCGCUCGUCUCGGCGAGCGCUGCACGUCUUCAUUCUCACAUCUGGCUUUCACCGCCGACGCGGAGCGGCAGAGCUUUCUCGGGGCAGAGCGCAUGGGUCCCUCACAAAGAGCGAGAAGAUGGGGGAUCGUUUGGAUGGGCAAUUGCAUUAAGAGGCAAAAAAGAGGCCUACAAGCCUACAAGAGACUUAGCUUCAGCAUUUAAAUGUGUUGCCACUAAUGGAAUUAUAGAAGUCUAAUAGGAAAUAAUGAAAAGGAGGUUGACGCAGGAAAACGCUGCUGCUGUACAACUCAAGCAAACACAACAACAUCCUUUCCGAGAGUGACGAGAAGAGGAUAUAAACAAGCACGCCUUUUUUUGCAAUCUACCCCCACAUUUUUUUCCACGCACUGCUUCUUUUUCUUCCUCACACUUCCAUUUCUCCUCGUUCCCUCACGUUUGUGCUGAAUCAGUUGAAUCAACACAUAAGCACAGUCAAACAUGGUGGAAAAUGCAAGCUCUAAGAUGGACAGUAGCCCAGUGUCCAACAUUUCCCUGCUUGGCCCUGGUGACCGGGUGUCCGAGUCUCUGGAGUAUAAGACUGUGUCUGUGUUCCUGGUGCUGUUGGUGUGCGGUGUGGGAAUUGUGGGCAAUGUUAUGGUGGUCCUGGUGGUUCUGACCACACGACAUAUGCGAACACCCACCAACUGCUACCUGGUGAGCCUGGCAGUGGCUGACCUGACAGUGCUAGUGGCAGCAGGGCUUCCCAAUAUCUCGGAGAGCUUGAUGGCCACCUGGGUAUAUGGCCAUGCUGGAUGUCUGGGCAUCACCUACCUGCAGUACCUGGGCAUCAACGUCUCCUCCUGUUCCAUUACAGCCUUCACUGUGGAGAGAUACAUAGCCAUCUGUCACCCGAUGAGGGCUCACACAGUGUGUACAGUCUCCAGGGCCAAGCGCAUCAUUGCAGGGGUGUGGGCCUUCACCUGCGUCUACUGCAUGCUUUGGCUUUUCCUAGUGGACAUCCAGGUGAAUAGCGAUGGACGAGUGCAAUGUGGCUACCGUGUCUCCCGGGACCUCUACCUGCCCAUCUACCUCAUCGACUUCGCCAUCUUUUAUGUCAUCCCCCUGCUGCUGGCCAUCGCUCUCUAUGGCCUCAUUGCUCGGAUCCUCUACCUGAGCCCCCUGCCUCACCCGCCCGAUUCCAGCACCAUCACAGCUACCACCCUCAGGAGGAGCUGCAAGGACCCAGUGGAUGCAGCCAAAGGAGUUCGUCAGGGGAGGCCUAAAAGUGCCCUCUCAUCUCGGAAGCAGGUCACUAAGAUGCUGGCUGUGGUGGUGGUUCUUUUUGCCCUGCUGUGGAUGCCAUACAGAACGUUGGUGCUCAUCAACUCCUUCGUCAGCACGCCGUAUCUGGAUGCCUGGUUCUUGCUCUUCUGUCGGACAUGCAUCUACGCCAACAGCGCCAUCAACCCUGUGGUGUACAACUUAAUGUCUCAGAAGUUCCGCUCUGCAUUCCGUGGGCUGUACCGCUGCCAGCGGCAAACCAGCCAUCACCGCACCCUCUCCACGCUUCACACGGCCUGCAGCAUGGUCAGAGACCCUCGCGCCAUUCACACCAGCAAUGGCACCAGGGAGACGGCCAGGAACAUCAGCUCAGGCCUCGCUGACCAGAAACACAGCAAAGACAGCGUUUUGGAUGAAGAAAGAGAGGCUACAGAGAGCACAUGUGCUGACAACAAUGACAUGGAUAAGCCCAUUUUCAAUGAGGAGGAGGAUGUGACUGAUACAAGUGAGGGUCAUGGUGAUCCAGCAACCACAGAAGAAAAAGACUUUGUUGGUUUUAAAAAUGAUGAAAAACAGACGAAACAAGAAGAGAAUGGUCCCGGUUUAGAGAAGAUAGUGGAGAAGACUAUGGAGAUGGACUGUGUUGCUACCACUGAUGUGAUACCAGGCAUUAAAAGCUCCAGCACAGAGAAGACUGUGGUGCCCUGUGAUGAGGAGGAGCCUACACAUGGCCAUGCUGAGCAGAACACUAGAGAAUUGAUCCACAGCACAGUGUAGCUCGCUCCACCAUCUCCGCUCAAAAAGCACUUAAAAGAAAAUCAUAUGGGGGUCGGACUCAAUCACUUUACAGCUCUUACCUGAAAGAUAAACUUGCCUUUUGCAAUCACUUCACAUUUCAGAGAGGAUCCUGAAGAGCUAUAUGUCCUUCCGCCAGCUGAUGACACACCAGCUCUGCUGUCAAAUGUAAAGACUUGGGCCAUUCUGACUGUGUAAUUUACAAAGCUUGCUGGAUGGCAAAAGCAACGGCAACACCUGUUCUUUCUGUAGUCGCUCAGAAGCAUUCCAGAGAGUUCCAGUGUACUCUGCUCAUCCCCAUUACAUAAAACAACUUGCCCUCUCUGCCUGUAAGCAGAAGAAACUAAUGAAUCCAGCUAAGUGGGUACAUAGCUCGCUUUUGAAAGUGCAGAUUGGGCCGUAUUCUCCUCAGCGAAACUGCUCCAAGGUGCUUUUAUCCAACAACAUAGCCUAAAGCAUCAGGUCAGAACUAACACACAACUGUGUUUUCCCUGCAACAUGAGGCAUUUAUAGAGGCUGUCCCAGUGCUAGAGCAAGAGCAGAGAGCAUGGCCAGGGGAAGCGAGUUGUAAUGCAUCAACAUUUGUUCCACAUAAAAGCCCAAGCUUCAAGCGGGGUGAUGCUUUACAACCGUUUCUUCUGCCAUCGUACCCCAAGGCACAAGUGCAUUCUCUGGGCCGCAUUUGAGGGCCGGAGGCGGAUCAGACCAGAUGUCUAUUUAUGGACUAUAGUAAGUCAUGCAUUUAUUUAUAAGGAGCACAAAACACACUUUACGUACAGAACAUUACACUACUGAUGUAUAUCCAUGGUUUACCUGUGAUCAAGAUUAAUCAUACAUCUAAGACAGCUCUGAAAGCACUUUGUUGUGUACCUAGUUCCAUAACCCACACUGAAUAUUUCUGUUGAAAGCAGUCGCUGUUUAAUUUAUGGCACAAAUGUGAUAUUGAGUUUUCAGUGGUAAUUUUCUAGUGCUGUAAUGACUUUGUCAGGCAUCAUCAUUUUGUAAACGUGCAUUAUGUUUUACUAGUGUUCUUUGUUGUAUUUGCUUUAUGAAGUACCUGCAGUUUAUGUAUCUAUUGUGUGGUUUCUAUUUGAGGAGAAGAUCUGAGGCCCCUUUUGUGGCUUACAGUUCUCAUUUCAAUUGUGCUGUGCUUUCUGCUCUGGCCAGUUAAAUUUUCCUUUCACUCCUGCAUCUUGUUACCAUGUCCAUCACUGUCCUGCCCAUUUCUGCUCAUUGCUUUUAACCUUUGCUGCUCUGCUGUCACAUUUCAUUUGAUAAGUAAUGAGUGAGAAUCUGCGCCGUUGUGAAGAGACUGAUUUUUAAGUGCUAAAAUGCAAUAUGCUGAUGUGUUAGCCUUGCGCUGCUCUGUUUUUCUGCUUUUAAUUGCAGCGCCAAUGGAGAUGGGAAAAAAAAGCAAAACAUUUGUUUUCACUCAAGGAUGAAGAAAAUACUUGGCUUUGCUGAGAACACCCAGCCUAUCAGUGAGCCACAGAAGCUUAUUAGCUGAAGCAAAAUUGUUGUGCCUAUUGAAAAUAAGGCAGAGAGGGCAGAUGUGGCGUCCUUGGCGUGUUGUGACGUGAAGCGGUAGCUUUUUAAAAAUCUUUAUCUGCUUGUUAUUUGCUCGGCUCUUAUUGGUAACCUGAAAUCAGAGCUUGGUGUCUGUGUGCGUUGUGUGAGCAUGUGUAGUUCUGCUGUUCUUUCUUUUGAAAAGGGGAAAAAAGACUGUAUUUGUGUUCUCCUCCCUGUUCCCAUUUGAUAUGCUUUAUAAAUUGUCUGGAAAAUAAACCUGAAUUCAAAAUUUUAA